AAUGCUACACAGCACAUACUCUGCUGUUUCAGUCCAAGGUUUUUUGUAGUAUCUAGGGGAAUAAACUACUUACAUGUGGCACUUGUGAUGCUUGUGUGGUGUUUGUAGAUUUGUUGCUUUUCAAGAGAUUUUUAUGUCUGGAGAUAUCAGAGGAUUUUAAUUAUUGUUUUGGCUGGAUUCUGUCAUCGGUCUUAGUUGAAAAAGUUUGUGUGAUUCGCCGUGAUGGCGCAGAGAAUUCCAAUCUUUAAAGACGAUCUCAGUUUUGCAGAACGCCAGAGCCGAGUUUGGGGAGAUAUGGAGCGGGACUUGGAAAGACGCAGACGAGAAUGGGAGGAUGAGAUAGAGCGCAUGCGCAAAGACUUUUUUACUCUUAAACCAGAAGACAAUGGCCGCUUGGAAUCGAUUAGUGAUAAGUUCAAAAUGGGAGAUAGUUUAAAGGAUGAAGCAAGAGGUGUAGUUGAACAAGACGAACAUGGCCAGUCAGUAUUUCGUGUAAGAUUUAAUGUUGCUACUUAUAAGCCGGAUGAGGUGAAUGUUAAGAUAGAUACAAAUAAGUUAAUUGUUCACGCAAAGCACGAGGAAAAGUCUGGAAAUAAAAGUGUAAGUCGUGAGUAUAGCAGGGAGGUAGAUUUACCACGUGAUAUUGAUGCAAUGGCACUUCAAUGUUCUAUCUCGACUGACGGGAUUCUUACAGUUGAAGCACCAAUGCCCGGUCAACAGUUUGGAGCUAUCAAAGAUGGCGGCGCUCCACGUGCUAUUCCUAUGGAUCACAUCAUUCAAACCAGUACUGCACCACCUGUUGCAAGUGGAGCUCGCAAUACUCCACCACCGGUUCAGCCACAGCAUCAGCAAAACCUCCAACAUCAACCACAACAGCCGAAGCAUUCGUCAACCUUCACGACCUUUUUGUCUGGAUCACCAGCGAAAAGUCAGACGACACAACCAGUGACGUCAUUUUCGCCACAAGUUAUCCCGCAGACAAUGUCCUCGCCGCCGCCACCUCCUCCUCCACAGGGGAGCUCCUUCAGCAACAUCCAAGAAUCAGACCGGAAGUUCAAGGUCGAUGUAGAUAUUGAAGAUUUUGCGCCGGAAGAACUUUCAGUAAAAACGGUUGAUAAGAAGUUGGUUAUUAGCGCAAAAAGAGAAGAAAAGCUUGGAAACAGAACGUCGACAAAGGAACUAAACAGGGAAAUACAUCUUCCUGACACCGUUGAUCCGUAUUCUGUAAAAGCUUUCUUUUCUGACUCUGGUAAAUUAAUUGUGGAAGCACCUUACAUAAGGUCUGUACCGAUUUCGCACUAUUCGGAAGGAUUUAGUACCACGGCCGGACGAUAAUGCGGAUUAUUGUGUCGGUGAUUUGAUUCUUAGCCAUUAAACUUGAUUAUGUAGAGACAAACAGUGGUAAAUUACAUGUUAACAAGUAAUUGUAUUCCUUUUUAAAACGAACAAUUCCAGAUAUCUUUAUGAAAAGGAUUGGCAAUAGUGUAUACUUGUGUUUUGAAAUUAUUACAUAGUCUAGUGGAUUGACCGUCAGAUUUUUGAGAUAUAAACGCAAAUAUGAAUGAAGUUUCAUAAUCUAUAUUUUGAGCGGAGACUCUACAAUUGUGACUGAAUAAUGAUUCGGUUCUUUAACAGAAUUUCUUUAUUCUAAAAUGAAUUGAUCAGAAACUGUUAUAGAGGUCAACAAGUUCAUGUGUUCUACACUCUGAGAUUAAAAGUAGUUAUCUUAAUAAAAUAUAAUAUGAUAAUAGUUCAACCUUUUACCUCCUUGAUUUGUGUUAAAGAUCUGCCAUGUUAUCAAUGUUGAACAAUACUUUUGAAAAUUGUAUCAAAAUUGAACUACAUUGUACAAAAGAUCAAUCGUAUCUUCCCGGCCCUUUCCGUCAUAUUUCGGGUCGAGAUGUUCCGAUUGUGUGAUCGGAUGUGCUUUAUAAUGAUGACAAAGGCUAAUUGUUUCCAGUUUCAGGAGGUAAAGGGUUGAGUGUAUAGGAAAGUAUGUUAGAAAUAAGUAGUAUAGUUUCUUUUAUUCCAAGAUUGUUUUCAUUUCUGUAUUUUCUGUGUAUGGACUGACUCACAUAUGUUGUUCAUUUUAAGGUGUGUAGGGAAGUUUAAACUGUUAAGCUUUGAAGCAUUAUUGUUGUAAAGAUGUUUUUUGUUAAAUGGUGACGUCCCAAUACCCUCCACACCCGUUAGAUAAAUGUUCAUUUGUCAAAACUUCAACAGCCUUCAUAUAUCAAUGAUAUUUAUAAACAUGAGAAGCUAUUAACGAACUUGAGUCAUACUUUUAUUACGUUUAACAAUAAUGUUUUAGAUUACUUUGGUAAAAUGGAAAACCCAGAAUUUAUAUGUUUAUGAGUGAAAAAUUAUAAAAUAAAAAUAAAUAAAAGACACAAGUGGUCGAAUCUGUUUGAUUAUCGAUCCGAGUUGAAGCAUUUCAAUACUUGAUUUUGAUUGUUCAAGUUUAAGUAUACAUGCAUGAAUAACUCACUAGAUGUUUAUGAUAAUGCACAAAUGACUAUAUGACAUUUAUAUAAGCAAACAAAUGAAUGUCAUAAUGAUACAUGUCAUUAAGUAGUUAACAAGAUGUAUGUAUGUAUGUUUGUAAAAGAUUAAUAGUUAAUUUUCCAUUCAUUAAAACGUCUUUAUGUCGUUUCUGAA